GCCAGUGGCUGCCCGACCGCCGCGCCGAGCGCACGACCUGCGCAUCUCCGCGCCCCGCGCAGCACCGCGCUUCGCUCCGACCCGCCGCAAUGAUGCGGCGCGGUUCAAUUGCCAUCAUCGGCGGUGGCGAGCCGCUGAUUGUGGUGGAGGAGAGCGGCGCCGAGGAGGCAGAUGGGUCCCAACGCUCAAACGCGCCCAUGCGAGGCUACUCCGAGGACACCGAGUCGCCUCCCGACCCGUACCACCUGUCGCCAUGGCGCGACAAUCGCAAACAUUCCUUGCCCACACCUUCUUGCACUACUGGCCCCACUGCCAGUCAGGUACGGCGGCUUUCUGAAAGAGGCGAAGGAGCGGCACGCGAGGCUCGCGAAGCUGCGUUCCUCGCUACUUUACAGCAAGCAUCGCCGCAGCCGGGUGGUCGAAGACAUUCCGUAGUGACAAUAUCUCGAGUACCGCAAGCGCUCUUUGGACGUGGACGACGUGAAUCUAUUGCAGCAUUUCCCGCACUUUCACGACGCAGGGAUUCGGGUUCCAAGAAAUGUUUACCAGCUAUCGAUACGCUCGGCAGUACCCAUAAUCUUCAACUCGACAUAAUGGACGAUAUUGUGCAAGCUCGUAAAGUGCGAAUGCGCCUCUGGAAUACUUCCAAUGAGCGUGUAUGUGAAGUGCAGCCACUUGACGAGCGGUCGCCGAUGAGCGGGUCGGUGAGGUACACGAACCGUGGCCGUCGACAUUCCGACUUCGUGGGUUCUCCACUGCCUCCCAUUCCGGCUCGUCGUCGAGCCUCGGAGAUGCCGCCACCUAUCCCACCUCGCACCGGUGUUAAUACCAAUGCAGGAGUCAUUUGCACCGACACUGAUUUGCGUUACAUGCUGAAAGGUCUCACCUCGUCUGCCACAGAAAUAGACUGCUGCGGUAAACCGGAGCGAACGAGACGCCUUGCCGACAUGCGCUCUAGCAGCUUUGACGCUUCUACGCUACGAGACAAGCCCAUCGACGCAGGCACCACAUGGUUUACACGUAGACACCAAACUCUAGCUACCAAGAAAAAAGAAAGCGAACCCAAAAAGGGAAAGGUGACAUUCGCACCGGAUGCAAAGCAAGCUCCCGGAGAUGCUGCAACUGUUGUGUGGGACUCGGGUUCCGUUGUAGACGCGAGUGCACUAGGAAGUGCUAUAGAGGUAUUUCUUAGGAAAAGCGGCGCAGUUGGCGGUGAGCCCGGGCCAUCAUCCUCGGGGGCAAACAAGCCGAAAGAAGUGGCAAAGGUGCAAGACAUUCCCGGGCCGAGCCGUGUGUCGGCAGGCGCUAGCGGUACCGCCAGCGCUGCUAGCGAGCACUGGGUGCGUCCCGAAGAGGAGCAAGCGGAGGGCUGCGAUGCCACGCUCUGCUCCUCGCUCAAAGACCUUUUCGUGUAGGUGCGUUUAACUCUUGUACAUUACUAGUUGUCAAAUAAGAUUCGUUUCUCAGAUGGCGAGUGAGGUGCGAGGUAGCAUGCCAUCGCGUGCGCUCGGUGUACCUUCGUAUUUUAUGAAUCUUUCAAUGUGAUAGCUGCGCGCGGGCGCCGGUCGUCCUGAGUCGACUGACGACCGACGCUUGCACCGCGUCGAAAUAUUUUUAGAGUGAAUUCUAUUUUCAUUGUAAAUUUUUUGAUAUUAGUGAUCAAAUAAUGACUUAUUGUUAGAUAGAAAAUUAUAUUCGUGAUGAGGGGCGCGCCUUUCCGCUGCCGCCGCGAUGCAGUGCGGCCUCCCUUGCGCGCCCUGCCCCACCCCACCCCGUCUCGUUAGACAAUCUGUGUCUUGUAUCCAGUGUUGCCAUUAAAUAAUUAACUUUAUAUAUAAUAAUACCUAAUAAUAUAGCAGACACUCUAUGAAGAGACGUUGGGAGAAACGUACGCUUAAUAGAAGAAGGCGUCAUCCUGUGUCGCCUUUUAUCAAUAAAAGUUUUUAUCGA